AUGGUCUGGAAGAACCAGCACGCACCAUCCAUCACACGCCUGCACGAGCUGCUGAGGUUAAAGAUUUGGAAGCCGGCUGUGGUGGAAGCAGAGUGGGUGCAUAUCCGAGAGGCUGAGGACGAACGCAGCCGCCGGCUUGUCUCCAUGCCCUUGGGUUCCCUGGUCAUCACGCAGUGGGUCUCCCCCAGCGGCUCGGUCCGGGUUCUGGUGCCCACGGAAGAGGACGAUCCGAGCCCAGGUCUGGGCUGGACAGAUUUGGGUGGUGCAGAUGGCGCAGCGCUGACUCUCCUCUCAGAGGGAACCAACUUCUGGGUGGAGCCUCAGGGAGGCCACAUUUCCGAGGAGGAUCAGCAG